AAUGCUUUUGAAUCGCAACCCGCAGACCAGACCAUUAGUCAACUCGACCCCUAUCAAGAAAGUCUUUAUUGACCCGACUUAGAGAAUCUAUGAAGAUAUUGUAGUUGGCGAGUAUCUUGAGGAGCAUUAAAUUGUGGUUGAAUCAAAUGAAAUCGAAGUGCCCCAACCAUUUAUUGAGUGGAAAGAUUGCCAAUUUCCAAAUCAAUUGAAUAAACGUAUAUCACUUAAAGCCUAUUAAAGACCCACUCCAAUCCAAGCUUCAGGUUUAGAUUAUUAUAAUUACUUUUAGUAUUUCCAAUAAUUAUGUCUGGACAUGAUUUGAUAGGAAUUGCUUAAACUGGAUCUGGUAAAACAAUUGCCUACCUUCUUCCUGGACUUGUUCAUAUAGAAUGUCAACGCAAAAAAGGAGGUCCAAUGAUGUUAAUACUUGUGCCUACUAGAGAAUUAGCAAUGCAAAUUUAAGGUAUUUAAAGAACACAUAUUUUAGAGCAUAUUAGUUACUUUUCUGAAGCAUACAAUAUGAAUUCGGCCUGUAUUUAUGGUGGAGCUGAUAAGAGACCUUAAGAAUUGGCAUUAGCAAGAGAUCCUGAUAUUGUUGUAGCAACUCCAGGAAGAUUGAUUGACUUCUUAGAUGCUCAAGUAACAAAUCUACAUAAUGUAUCAUAUUUGGUGUUAGAUGAAGCAGAUAGGAUGCUUGGUAUAAUAAUUUAUAUAUAAAAGACAUGGGAUUUGAAUAACAGGUUCGUAAAAUCGAUAGCUAUAUUAGAGAAGAUAGACAAACAGUAUUCUUUUCAGCAACUUGGCCAAAAACAGUAUAAAAUUUAGCAUGUGAUCUAUGUCAUAAUGAACCAAUUAAUUUAUAUAUUGGAAGUUAAGAAGUCACCAUUAACAAAAAUAUCACUUAAGAAACAAUUUGUUUAUAUCAAAAUGAAAAAUAGGAAGAGUAUAAAAUUGAAAAUCUAAAUUUAGAUUACUUUAUAUUCUUGAAGAUUUAUCAAAAAAAGAUAAAGUUUUGAUAUUUGUAGAAACAAAAAAAGACUGUGAGGACUUGUCCAGUUAUUUGACUGAACAUGGGUUUUUUUGCAUGUCUUUACAUGGUGAUAAGACUCAAUAACAAAGAGAUUAUGUCAUGAAAGAAUUCAAAUCUUCAAGAUGUAAAUUGUUAUGUGCUACUGAUGUUGCAUCAAGAGGACUUGAUGUUAGAGACAUUAGUUUAGUAAUCAAUUAUGAUUUCCCUAAUUAAAUUGAUAAUUAUGUUCAUAGGAUUGGAAGAACAGGAAGAGCUGGUGAUAAGGGAAGAAGUAUAACUAUGAUUACUUUGGAUACAAUGGAUCCCAGAAUAGCCAAAUAAUUAGUUGAUGUAUUAUAUUUAGUUAAUUAAAGUUAUUAAAAGAUUCAGAAUAGGUUGUGAAUGAAGAUCUCUAUGAUUUUGCAUAUUCAAGUAUUUGUAUUAUAUCUAUUCUAGAACCAAAUUAAAAGGGCAAAAGACCUAAUCAAAGAAAUAAGGUUAAUGAUAAACCUAUUGCACAAUCCAAAAAUAUCAAUAAUACCAAUAAUACCAAUAAUAACACCUAAAAAAAGUAGUAGAUGUAAUUUAAUUUGAAACCAUCUUCUCCUGUUAAAUAAUCAGCAUCAUCUAUGCCCCCACCCCCAGAAUUGAAAAAAGCCUUUUCAGAUACUCCGGUGUUUGGUUUUUUCAAUUCAAAAAAAGAAUGAU